AUGGACUUUGUGUUUCUAGAAAGUGCUAUAAUGCAGAUGAAGUGUCCACUGCAGAUGACAACAGAUGAAUUUAAUGAGUUUGAGGAAUUUAAUUACUACAAGCCAGGAGACUACCUGAUUACUGGAAUAACAUCCAAAAUAGUUGCUGCAUUUUUCCCGCAUAUUUUCUCACAGACUCCAAUCCACAGAUUGAGAAGUGCAUCAGCAAUAUUCAACCACAUCCUGCUCUUCUUCUCGGCUGUUCAUAAGAUCAACCAGAAUCCUAGGCUCUUACCUAACAUCACCCUGGGCUACAACAUCUAUGAUAACUUCUUGAGUGCAAGAGUAACAUAUGAGGUCAUGAUGGAUUUGCUGUCUACAGGGCAGGAGAAUGUCCCAAAUUACAGAUGUGGAAGACAAAGGAAUAUCCUGGCAGUUCUUGAAAACACGGAUUCUGAACUCUUUGGUCAUAUUUCUACUGUCCUGGGCAUCUACAAAAUUCCACAGAUCAACUACGGUGAGAUUAGCUACAUACUUCAGCAAAGUCAUCUUUUCCCUUUUUUCUAUCGCAUGACCCCAAAACCAGAACCUCCCUACUCAGCGAUUGUCCAGCUGCUCCUGCAUUUCCGAUGGACAUGGAUCGGCCUUCUUUCUCAGGACAAUGAAAGAGGAGAAAUCUUUAAAAAAAGCUUGGAAAUUCUAGCUGUAAAAAACCGGAUUUGCAUCGUCCGCUCAGAAACCAUCCCAACAACGAAUGUGGAUAGACACACCAGAGAUGCGUUUGGGAAAGAACAAAAAGAAAUGUUGCUUCUCCUUACAAAUAUUCACAUCAAAGUUAUAGUCUGUCAACUUGAUUUUCAGGCCACGGGAACACUAAUAGGAGUAAUCAUUGUUAAGGAAAGGGAAAAACUAUUCAUUGAGGGAAAAGUAUGGAUUGCAACAACUUUGUCAAAAUUAAGCAUCAGAAUGCUUUCCAAUUAUUUUGAUCUCCAACGUAAACAUGUUUUGUUUUCCUUCCAAACCCAGACAAACAGGAGACAAUAUAGCAACUUUGAAACAUAUUCCCUUACUGGGAAACAGUUUGUAGAAGAAGCAUUCCAGUGUUCCCAUUCAAGACCUGUGUGGUCUAAGAAGGUUUGGAAUAGAUGCACAGAAAAAGAGAACUGGGCGUUACCACCCCUUGAUGUUCUUGAUAGAAUGAUAAUUGAGGAUGGUUCUGGUAUUUCCAGAGCAAUCUAUGCUGUGGCCUCCGUCCUCAAUGCUGCCUCUUCCUCCCACCUGAGUAAGAGGAGGAUGCUGGUUGGAGACCAUCAGUCACCCCAGAUUGUAGAGUCAUGGCAGCUUCAUCCCUUCAUGAGAAAUUUCCAGCUUCACAACAUUUCCAAGGACGGCAUUUAUUUGGAUGAAAAUGGAGUUCCUGCUGCUGAUUUUGAUAUCAUGCAUUGGAGAAUGUUUCCCCAAGAGUCUUAUCCUAUGGAAAAAUUUGGGAGUGUAGAAAGGGAAGCUUCUUAUGAAAUCAAGGUCUCCAUCAAUCAGAGUGUCAUCCAAUGGCCAAUAUCAUUUAAUAAGAAACAGAUUUAUGCUAGCCAAUGUUUUUCAGAUGCAGCCCAUUGCAGCAAGUGUCCAGAUGACCAGUAUUCCAAUGAGAAGCGAAAUCAAUGUAUCCCCAAAAGUAUAAGUUUCUUCUCCUAUGAAGAAACGUUGGGACUCAUUCUGGCUUCCUUUACCCUUGCUUUGUCCCUAAUCACUGCCUUUGUUUUGGGAAUCUUCACUAAAUACAGAGAAACUCCCAUAGUCAAAGCCAACAACCGAGACCUUACCUACAUUCUUCUGAUCUCCCUUCUCCUUUCCUUCUUGACCUCCCUUCUAUUCAUUGGGCGCCCCGAGAAAGUGACCUGCUUUCUUCGACAAAGCAUCUUCAGUAUUGUUUUCUCUGUUGCUGUGUCUUCACUGCUGGCAAAGACUGUCAUGGUGGUGGUGGCCUUUCUGGCCACAAAGCCAGGUAGCAGGAUGAGGAAAUGGCUGGGAAAGACUCUGGCCAACUCUAUUGUUGUAUCCUGUUCUGGGAUUCAGGUGGGCAUCUGCAUGAUAUGGCUUGGAAUCUCUCCCCCAUUCCCAGACUCUGACAUGCAUUCUCAACCAGGAUAUAUUCUACUGCAAUGUAAUGAAGGCUCAGUCGCCAUGUUCUACACUGCACUGGGUUACAUGGGCCUUCUGGCCGCCAUCUGCUUCUUGGUGGCUUUCCUAGCACGCAAGCUGCCAGGGACCUUCAAUGAAGCCAAGUUGAUCACCUUCAGCAUGUUGGUUUUCUGUAGUGUUUGGGUCUCCUUCGUACCCACCUACCUGAGCACCAAAGGAAAAUACAUGGUAGCUGUGCAGAUCUUCUCCAUCCUGGCAUCCAGCCUGGGCUUAAUGGGCUGCAUUUUUGUCCCCAAAUGCUACAUCAUUAUCCUGAGACCUGACAUGAAUACCAAGCAGUACCUAAUAGUAAAUUCUAAAAAGGGAACCUAA